AUGGCUGCUACAUUUUCUUUCUUCUUUGUCACAAUCUUGAUCUUGGUUUUCGCCAUUGUUGAAGGUCGAAUACUUGAACAUGAACUUAGUAGUGAAAGGAUCUCAGAUGGAGUUGAACACAAACUCAAGAAUCAAUCAAAUUAUCUAAGUCUAGGCAACUUGAAUGAACUUCCUUCAGGGGAUCAAUGUAAAGGAGUCAUAACAAACAAUCUUACUGGUUAUAUAGCUGGAAUCAUGUUUCUCUCACUUUUACCAUUCACAAUAAUGCUAUUUGGCGAUAUCAUCAGUUCAGCAGUAGGAAAAAGCAUCACAAUUCUUGUUGCUCUUUUUGUAUCAGUCACAUUUUUGCUGUCAUAUUUCACUUACCAGGCUCUUCCAGAAGCUAACGGAAAAUGUCAAAUUCAGACAGGCACACUGAAUCACAAAACCUCUGUAAAGGAAAUCAUGAAGGACUUCGAUCAAAAUGAUGAACACUUGAUCGAUGAAAAUGAGUUUCUCUGUGGUGUGACAUAUUGGCUUCAUAAUGCCAAGCAAACUACCGAAGAACAUCAUGAUAAGGUGAUGUGGGGAGAAUUUGACAAGUUCUUGGAUGAAGUAGAAAAAGGAAACCAUAGACGUUUCAACCACUCUUUGGUGUUAAAAUGGGACAUCUGCAAGUCUGUGUUGCAAGUGAUUUUGGGCAUUGCUAUAUUGACACUGUGUGCAGAUCCAAUCAUGGAUAACAUUAUACGACUGGCAAGUGCAAUUGGCGUGCCUUCUUUCUUCCUAUCAUUUGUCAUAGUACCUUUAGCUAUCAAUGUAUGUACUGCAAUAACAGCAGUAACUUUACUCUCUUCAGCCAAUCAGCAGAGUGGCACAACUUUCUUCUUUGACAUUUUCUGA